AAACGGUCUGCCAUAGAAAGUUGGCAUGGGGUGCUGCGUGUAUGUGAUAUGUUGUCCCUUUAAGACGCUGUCCAGGGAGGGGGAGCGCACGCCGACGCUAAAUUCUCCCAGGAAGCGAAGAAACCGCUGAGAUUACCUGAAACAGUUUGCAUCCAGAUUUUUUUGUUUUUUUAAUUUUUUUUUUUGUUUAGUUGACUUUGAGUUAAUAAUGCGGGAUGGUCGUUCCGAUGAGAUUCACCAAGGACAUAUGCAGGCUGUUAGGGAUCGGCAGCGGUGCCCCCACUGAGCGCAGGGAGGAGCAGAUGGAUUAUGGGGAAGGAGCUUUGGACAAUAGUGCAGGAGACGUGACACUAAUACAGGAUGAAGGGAUGAGCCUGGAAGUGAGUCUCGGUGUGGAGGAGCGAGCCAGGCGGAAAGCAGAAAAACGGCGGGCCAAAAAAAAGCGACAGAGGGAAAGAAAGAAACUGGAAAAGGUAAAAGACAACGAGCAGGAGGAAGAAGAGGAAGACGAGGAUUUGGAGAGUGAGAGUGAGGAGGAGGCUGAGGUGAGCGAGCCGGUCUCGCACAGCAUGGGGAGAGCCACACAGCCACUGGCUGCCACAGGGAACAGGAACAACGACCAAUCCAACCCCAGCUCCACCGAGGAGGAGCUGGAGUGGGAUGUAAACAGUGCCUUUGUAGCCAACGCUGCCAGUCACAUCAAACCAAAGAGCCGAACCAAAGCGAGUCACAAGUCCAAAGAAAACAAAGAGAAUGAGGCUAAAACUGGAGAGGUGAAUGGUACAGAUGCUGAUGUGAAGAGGAGCACACCAUUGGCAGAAAAAGGGAUCAAAUUGGUGGAGCAAGGGCAGUAUUCUCAGGCAGUCGCUAUGUUUACAGAAGCAAUCAAAUAUGAUCCAAAGGAUUACAGGUUUUUCGGGAAUCGCUCGUACUGUUAUGAAUGUGUGGAGCAGUACAACUCUGCACUCGCUGAUGCUGAAAUAUCAAUUCAGCUCGCUGCUGAUUGGCCAAAGGGCUAUUUCCGGAAAGGCAGAGCGUUAAUGGGAAUGAAGAGGUACGGCGAGGCAGUGAAAGCCUUGAGCGAGGUGCUGAAGCUGGACCAGAACUGCGAGGAUGCUGUGAAUGAGAUCUUUAACUGCAGAGUCCUUCAUCUCAUGGAGUUAGGGUUUAAUCCACAGCAGAGCGUUCUCCUGUUAGACAGGUUCACCACAGUGCAGGGAGUCCUGACCUCUCCCGAAGCUGCCAAAGUUGUGACUGACCUGGACUCUUUGCUGGACCAGUCUGGAAACCCUUGUGCCUCUCUCUGGGUGGGGAACGUGACUGUUGAUGUAAAGGAGAAACAGCUGCGAGACCUGUUCAAAAGUUAUGGUGAGAUUGACAGUAUUCGUGUUCUCCACGAGAGAUUCUGUGCCUUUGUGAAUUUCGUAAGCGCGACAGCAGCGGCCACAGCGAUGGAGAAGCUGCAGGGCAAGGAGAUUGAGAGCACCAGGCUGGUGAUCCGCUACCCAGACAGACGACCCCAGCGAGACCCGGCUUCACCACAGAGGCCAGCAGUCUUGCCGAUACCAGUGCCUGCACAACCUGCCAAACCCCAGUCAGCAGCCACUUCUACCACUGGGCCCAGGCGAAGAGGCCCUGUUCACAGAGAUGAGUGUUACUUUUGGAGAACCACCGGCUGCCAUUUUGGUGACAAGUGCCGCUUCAAACACAUUCCUGAUCACCGCGGGAGGGACAAGAAGCCUUGGCAGACCUGAGAAUCUGUGCUGUGCACACUGCCACAGGGCGGGUGGGACAGAGGGUGGGAGAAGGGUAAAAGAGUGAUAGUUGAAGUGUGUGUGGUAGGUGGACACUAAUGUGUUUGGAAUGGUGUUUAGGGGGGGGUACCCCUAAAUCACAAUUGUCAGUUUUUAACCCAGCAGCACACUCACCAGCCCAUUCUUCCAUAAUAAUAAUGUGCCUAAAUGAUUUUAGAAAGACUUCCUGUUAUCAAGACCUCAGUCGCACGGUACAGUAUUUAAAUUGCAAAGCGAGGUCUUGAAAGACUCUCAAAGGGUUUUAAUCUCAAAUAGAUCUUUUGAGGAUCUCUGUUUUUAGAGGCAUACAAGACAAGCCCACAGACACACAACAGAGUUGAGUUAGAGUUUGUGGUUGGGAGAUCAUGGGCAGUAAAGGUAUUGACUACCGGAGCAGUAAUAUUGCACUUUCAUUUCAAAAAUGUGCUUAGACUUCAUGUGGAUUCCACAGAACAAGUGCCUUCCUUUAUCUGUCUCUGUCUGUCUGUCUGUCUGUUUAUCUGUCUGUCUCUAUCUGUGUGUGACUGAAUGCGUGUGUUUUGGUGUACUGUUUAAGUCUUCUUACGUUAUAAAGAUGAACUUUAUUUUAACCUUGCACUGCUGCAGACUUAGAAAAUGUUCUUAAGUUACCAUAACUGGUAUAAGAACAUACUUCCAAACGUUCAAAGACCCAAGUCCUCUAACCACCCCUCCCCUUAAAGGUACAGCAACGUUUGCAGAGUAAUAACAAUCCCUUUACUAAUGGUGGAACUGUAGACUGUUUCAUAACUUUGUCACUAGAUUUAUUUGGCAUGUUUUUAUCAAUAUAUCAACCGUAGAUUUUUCUCUGCACAUGGUGUGUUCGUUAAUGGCCUUUAUUCAUCCCAAAACCAAUUGGUGACUACCUCAGAGAAGUUCAUUUACAGUGUUUGUUGUUUUCUUACUGUUUAUGAGGUAUUACACAAACGUUUUUGCAAGCAGAGUUUUUCUGAAUUCCUGGUGUGUUCCUUCUUUAAAGGGCGGUGGGGGUGAUCUGACACUGAGCAUGCUGUGUCUAGCUUAGCUAGGUCAGUUACUUUACUUUGUGUUUGCUUCUUGGAGACAUGCUAAGAAAUCAGAUUCAACUUUCCCCACUCUUUGGAAGUAAAAACGCAGUUAAUGCAAUUUAAAAAAAAACGUUUUUUGCACAUGCCUGUUGAUUUUUUUUCCCUUUUUAUUUAUGUAUUUAUUUUCAUGCUUGAAGCCCUAGUUGCCCAUCCCAUACUGCUGUGGGGUUGUAUUGGGGGCUAACAGACCAAUCUAGUGGGACGAGCUGCAGUGCAGUCAGAACUGUACCAUUACCUCCCACAUCUACAGCGGUUCAAAAGACGUUAGACUUCAGCAGUUCACAGAGAGGUGGGACAGUAAGAGCAAUUAAGCAAAGGCACACUGCAGGUUCAACAGGAGACCGUGGGAAGGGAAUGGUAUGUUUGGGCACAUAUCAAAAAGGGGUCAGUUAUGCCACACUUUUGCAGCUGUAAACUAGUCAAGUGAAUUUUGAAUUGUCCUGUAGACAGAGCUGUAAUUAGUGUUUUUUUUUUUUAUAGUAACAUUGCUACAUUUUAGGACCCCCCCUUCCCCCCCUCCCUUUUUUUUUUAGCACAAGCUUUUAGCAGCUGCAUUAAAGCUUUGUGGGUUGACUGGAAUGCGGGCACUGGCACUGAGUGUUGCAUUGUGGGAUGGCUCAUGGCUGAGUGAAAGCAGAUGUCAAAAUGGCUGAAAAAAAUGAAUCAAGCAAUGAAUUCACCACAGAAUAAGAAGCAGACCAUGUCAAUUGUAGAACAUCUUGUAAAUUUCAUUUUACAGUAGUAUUUUUUAAAUAUAAUUUAUGAAAUAAAACUAUGU